CGAGCAAAUCAACGGAUGUACAGAGAGAGCACGCAGUUCCAUCACUUCCUUGCUUUCUCACGGCAGGAAACCCCAAAUCUCCUUUUCAAUCCCCUCAAAUCAAGGUAUAAGGCGGUUGGGACUGUGGCGCGAUUAAUGGCGAACUUGGGAGGGCCUCGAGUUUACAGCUGCAGCAACUGUGGAAACGAUGUUUCCCUCCAUGAUGAUAUCAUAUCGAAAGCUUUCCAGGGGAGGACCGGGCGUGCCUUUCUGUUUUCUCACGCCAUGAACAUAAUGGUGGGUCCAAAGGAAGAUAGGCAGCUAACGACAGGACUACACACAGUUGCUGAUAUCUACUGCCGUGAUUGUCGCGAGGUGUUGGGAUGGAAGUACGAAAGAGCAUACGAAGAAACACAAAAGUACAAAGAAGGGAAGUUCAUAUUCGAGAAGUCAAAGAUUGCCAAGGAGAACUGGUAAAGAACUCCUAAAUGAGCAAUCUGUUAAUGCUUAGCAUGUUUGUGUGAACUAAAUCAUUGAUAGAACCUUGGUUUUUUUUUUGUGUGUGUGAAGAUUUUAGUCAAAUUCCUCAAUUGUGUAUUCUUCUUUGUAAAUAUCACACUAUGUCUUGUGGAUGUUGGGCCACGAAGCCAUGAAAAUAAAAUCCUUUUCGGUUGGAUCGAUCCUUUUA